GCGCUCCGGCCCGCGCCUAGAGAGCCGUUGGGCUCCGCCCUGGCUCGGCCUGGGCGCCGCUGAGCGGAGCCAGAAGCGCACUCGCGAGCGCUUCCGACCGCCUUCCUAGGAAGCUGCUCCCCGGCGGUCACUAGGGUGCUCUACAUCCUGAGCUGGGAAGCGGCUUGCUUGAGGGUUUUUCUCAAGGACCGAGGCGGGGUGUGAGACCAUCCAUGCUCAGUCCUGUAGAUCCUGGGAGACCAUGUUAUAAAAAAGGAUGUGAUGGAUUGCCACUUGAAAUAACUUCCAUUUGGAUAAAAUAGGAAUACUUAUAAAUGAGCUGCAAACAUCCCUUGUCCCCCACCCCUAAGCGGAAAUGUGAAAAUGGGCCUUGCCUUUGCUGGUGCCCAAGGACCGCCUUCCUCUGCAGUGACGGCGCGGGCGGGGGAGGCGCUCUUGAGCCCCUCCCGUUUGUCCCUCUGCCUAGCAGGUAAGGGGCCUGGAAACCAAGAAGUGACUGCUCAUCUAAUCCAUAAAGCUAUGUUAACAGAUUGGAGCUGUUUGCAGACAAGGUUCCAAAGACAGCAGGGUGGUGAUUUCACACGCCAUAAUGGCACUGGUGGCAAGUCCAUCUACGGGGAGAAAUUUGAUGAUGAGAACUUCAUCCUAAAGCAUACAGGUCCCGGCAUCUUGUCCAUGGCAAAUGCUGGACCCAACACAAACGGUUCCCAGUUUUUCAUCUGCACUGUCAAGACUGAGUGGUUGGAUGGCAAGCAUGUGGUCUUUGGCAAGGUGAAAGAAGGCAUGAAUAUAGUGGAGGCCAUGGAGCGCUUUGGGUCCAGGAAUGGCAAGACCAGCAAGAAGAUCACCAUUGCUGACUGUGGACAACUUUAAUAAGUUUGACUUGUGUUUUAUCUUAACCACCAGACCAUUCCUUCUGUAGCUCAGGAGAGCACCCCUCCACCCCAUUUGCUCGCAGUAUCCUAAAAUCUGUGCUCUCGCUGCAGUUCCCUUUGGGUUCCAUGUUUUCCUUGUUCCCUUCCAUGCCUAGCUGGAUUGCAGAGUUGGGUUAAGUUUAUGACUAUGAAAUAAAGACUAAAUAACAAUUGUC